GUCAGCCAGACGGCCAGACCCCAAACAGAGCAGGACUAGCACUGGCAGUCUAGCACACCCGCACUGCGUCUCCGCAGCACACACUCGCACGCACGAGAAGGCCGGAGAGGCGGCGCACCCGGAGAGGCAAAGGCAAGCGAUCCCUCUCCCUCCCUCCCUCGUAUCCAGGACAACAGCCCGUGCGAUCCGAUCCCGAUGGCGGCCCGGCCGGACGCGCGCAGCGGCUACUGCGCCGCGACGCGCACCUUCCGUAGCAAGCGCGCGGACGUCCCGCUCCCCGCCGACGCGGACCUGGACGUCGUCAGGUUCCUCGCGUCCCGCCGCCACGCGGGCGUCGUCGCGCUCGUCGACGCCGCCACGGGCCACCGGGUCACGUUCCAGGAACUCUGGCGCGCGGUGGAAGGGGCGGCCACCGCGCUCGCCGCGCCGCCGCUGUCGCUCCGCAAGGGCCAGGUCGCGCUCAUCCUCUCCCCGAACUCCGUCCACUUCCCCGUUGCCGCCCUCGCAGCCAUGUCCCUCGGCGCCGUCCUCACCACCGCCAACCCGCUCAACACGCCCGCCGAGAUCGCCAAGCAGGUCGCCGACGCGCGCCCCGUCGUCGCCUUCACCACCCGCGACCUCCUCCCCAAGCUCCCGCGCGCCGGCGCCGGCGCCGGCAUCCGCGUCGUCCUCCUCGAGCCCGACCGCCUCCCCUCCGACCCUAGCCCCGUCGUCGCCACCAUCGGGGAGAUCUCCGCCACGCCGCCCGACCCCACGCGCCGCCGGGACCGCGUCACACAGGACGACCCGGCCACGCUGCUCUACUCCUCGGGCACCACGGGGCCCAGCAAGGGCGUCGUCGCCACGCACCGGAGCCUCAUCUCCAUGGUGCAGAUCAUCAUGUCGCGCUUCCGCCUCGAGGCCUCCAACAGGACCGAGACCUUCCUCUGCACGGUGCCCAUGUUCCACGUCUACGGCCUCGUCGCCUUCGCCACGGGGCUGCUCGGCUGCGGCGCCACCAUCGUCGUGCUCUCCAAGUACGAGCUCCCCGAGAUGCUGCGCGCCAUCAACGAAUACGGGGUCACCUACCUCCCACUCGUGCCGCCCAUCCUCGUCGCCAUGCUGGCGCACCCCAACCGCCUGCCGCUCGGGGGCCUGCGCAAGGUGCUCUCCGGCGGAGCGCCGCUCAGCAAGGAGCUGAUCGAGGGGUUUAAGGAGAAAUACCCGCAGGUGGAGAUCCUUCAGGGGUACGGGCUGACGGAGAGCACGGCUAUCGGCGCGUCCACGGACUCUGCCGAGGAGAGCAGCCGGUACGGUACGGCUGGGCUGCUGUCGCCAAGCACCGAGGCUAAGAUCGUCGACCCAGAGACCGGCGAGGCGCUGCCGGUGAACCGCACCGGCGAGCUCUGGAUCCGGGGGCCAUACGUCAUGAAAGGGUAUUUCAAGAACGCGGAGGCAACACAAUCAACAUUGACACCUGAUGGAUGGCUCAAGACUGGGGAUCUCUGCUACAUAGAUGAGGAUGGUUAUCUCUUCGUUGUGGAUCGUCUGAAGGAGUUGAUCAAAUACAAAGGGUACCAGGUGCCUCCGGCGGAGUUGGAAGCUCUUUUGCUAACACAUCCAGAAAUCGAAGAUGUCGCCGUUAUACCGUUUCCCGACCGUGAGGUCGGCCAGUUCCCAAUGGCCUACGUAGUGAGGAAGAAAGGGAGCAAUUUGUCAGAGCGCGAGGUGAUGGAGUUCGUGGCGAAACAGGUAGCGCCUUACAAGAAGGUUAGAAAGGUGGCGUUUGUGGCGGAGAUUCCCAAGAACGCGUCCGGCAAGAUUCUGAGGAAGGAUCUCAUCAAGCUCGCCACAUCCAAAUCCAAACUAUGAAAAUUGUUUUUCGUGUUUACAGUGCUGGAAUACGCCUGUCGUCCACGAGCGGCGAGCCAUUCUCUACGCUGCCCCGGUAGUUUGGUUGUAGAAUGCUUGUAUAACUGAAGAUCCCGUCGGCUAUGUGCUUGCUUGUGUACAGUGCUCUGUUCUCGUACAAUACAAUAUUGGGAGGGAAUACUAGGCGUCUGUACGUAGGCUUGGAUGGAAAUAAUAUCCGGUAAUUUCAGUGUUGGUAU